AAGAGCAGAGGGGAGUUGUGUUGAAUGUUAGGCUCAGUCCUGAGAGAUGCAGCUCUCAUGCCUGUAACAUAUGUUGGCGACGUGAGAGGCGCGUAAAUUGGGUGUUUCCUGACGCACAGUCCAAUCCAUCUCUUUAUGGGACUGUUCUCCUCCUCAGCAGGAAAAAAAAAAAACUUUACUUUGCAAACUCUGGGCUGUUUAUUCACCACAUUGCUACUACUUUUACCCUGUGGUCGGACACCACUGGUACUCGUUCUUCAUAUCUUCAGUUGAGGUUGUUGCGCGUCCUCCCGUUGGGAUCCGGCGAGGAGGAUGGAGACGAGCCCCAUCCCGGUGGUGACGGUCCAAACUGCCCCCUUCGACGACCAGAGGCCCGGUACCAACGGGCUGCGGAGGAAGACGGCGGUGUUUGAAGGGAAGAAGAACUACCUGCAGAACUACAUCCAGAGUGUGCUGUCCUCCAUCGACCUCCGGGACCGACAGGGCUGCACCAUGGUGGUGGGCAGCGACGGCCGAUACUUCAGCCGGGCUGCUAUCGAGGUGAUAGUGCAGAUGGCAGCUGCCAAUGGGAUCGGUCGUCUGGUCAUCGGCCAUAACGGCCUCCUGUCCACCCCUGCAGUUUCUUGCAUCAUCAGGAAGAUCAAGGCCAUUGGUGGAAUCAUCCUCACAGCGAGCCACAACCCUGGAGGCCCAGGCGGAGACUUUGGAAUCAAAUUCAAUGUGUCAAAUGGAGGCCCGUCUCCAGACACAGUGAUGGAGAGGAUUUCCCAGGUUAGCCGUACACUUGAGGAGUACGCCAUCUGCCCUGAUCUCCGCAUUGACCUCUCCAGACUGGGGCGACACGAUUUUGACCUGGAGAACAAGUUCAAGCCUUUCAGAGUCGAGAUCGUAGACUCUGUCGAGGUGUAUCUACAACUGCUGCGAAACAUCUUUGACUUCAACGCCAUAAAAAGUCUCCUCACAGGACCAAAUCAGCUCAAGAUACACAUAGAUGCCAUGAAUGGAGUGAUGGGCCCUUAUGUACGUAGGAUCCUAUGUGAUGAGUUAGGGGCCCCUGCUAACUCUGCUGUCAACUGUGUCCCCCUGGAGGAUUUUGGUGGACGACCUCCAGAGCCCAACCUGAUUUAUGCCACCUCUCUGGUCGACGCCAUGAAAGGAGGGGACUUUGGCUUUGGAGCUGCGUUUGAUGCUGACGGGGACCGGUACAUGAUCCUUGGAGAAAACGGUUUCUUUGUUAACCCAUCAGACUCUCUGGCCAUCAUAGCUGCCAAUCUGUCCACCAUCCCCUACUUCCGACAGAUGGGCGUCAAGGGCUUCGCCAGGAGUAUGGCCACCAGCACCGCCCUCGACAGGGUGGCCAAAAGUAUGAAACUGGCGCUGUACGAGACUCCCACAGGCUGGAGGUACUUUGGAAACCUGAUGGAUUCUGGGCGCUGUUCCCUGUGUGGUGAAGAGAGCUUUGGGACAGGCUCAGACCACAUUCGUGAGAAAGAUGGUUUGUGGUCGGUGUUGGUGUGGUUGUCCAUCAUGGCAGCCCGGAAGCAAGGUGUGGAGCAGAUUGUCAGAGACCACUGGGCCAAAUUUGGACGCCACUACUACUGCAGGUUUGACUACGAAGGCCUGGAUCCACGUGCAGCCUUUUACCUAAUGAGGGAUCUGGAUGGAGUGAUCUUAGACAAGGCAUUCACCAGCCAGAAGUUCGCUGUAGGAGACCACAUAUACAGCGUGGAGAAGGCCGAUAACUUUGAGUACAUCGACCCUGUGGAUGGAACAGUCGCUCGAAACCAGGGCUUAAGGAUCAUCUUCAGCGAUGCCUCUCGUUUGGUGUUUCGGAUGAGUGGGAGUGGGGGAGGAAUGGGCGCCACCAUCCGCAUUUAUGCUGAGAGCUUCGAGAGAGAUCCAGAGAGACACAGCAGAGAAACUCAGGUGGUCCUGGGUCCUCUCAUCGCCAUCGCCCUGAAGAUCUCCAACAUCCAUGAAAGGACAGGACGCCGUGGCCCCAACGUCAUCACAUGAACGAGCAGGAAACCACACAGUCACAUGCACGAACACACGCAUGCACCUACUCGCGCAUACGUAAAAAUCCAAAUGAAUUUCCUCCUCUAGCAUUUUAACAUAUCCAUGUCCAGUGUCAUUUUCUUAGUUCUACUUAUAAAGCAGCUCACAAAGGAGGAGAAGCUCACGGCUAAUCUUCAAAAGGAAAAAUAAUCUUGCACACGGCUUUUCCAGCUGUUUACUGACCACUAUUAUAGUUAAUUAAAGUUUGAAUAUACAAUGGCAAUACCAGGAAGGCUAUUUAAUUAUUGUUAUGGGUGAAAAAUAUGUAAGCAGCAAACAUAUUUACAAAUGUGCAGAUUGAAUUUAUGAUUCUGUCGUGCUUUUUUUCAACAAUUUUUUGAUUUAUCGCAUCCUGUUUCUGUGUAACAAUGCGGUGUUCACUUUUUGCUCACACCUGUCCACUCAUGUAUGACACAGUAUACUUUAUCACCCUUUUCCAUGCAGGAGCAAUAAAAAGUUUGUCCAAGUGUAAAAUAAACCAGGCAUUGCACCACAA